CUCUCCCCACUUGAUAACGAGAGAUAAAAGGUCGAUAAGGUCUUUUCACAUCUCCCCUUCACCAUCAUCCCCUCGCCUCUCUCUCUUCUUCAUCGUCUCCGUCUCUCUCAGAAUGCUCAUCAGAUAUAAUCUCCUUUUCGUUUCCCUGAUGUGUUUCCUCUUCUAAUCUCCGGUCAUAGAGAAAUCAAAACAAAAAAAAAAACAGAGGAGAGAGGAAAAGAAGCUAAUCCAUGGCCGCCGCCACCGCUGCUAUGACAGAGAAGGAAGCUAUGGUGGAUCCUUUUUUGGUCGAAGCUCUCCAGAAUCCUCGUCAUCGUCUCACCAUUUUGCGGAUGGAGCUUGAUAUACAAAAGUUCUUCCAAAACCCUGAGCAGCUUCAGUUCGAGUUCUCUCCUUUCCCAACGUCUUACCUGCGUCUCGCCGCACAUAGAGUUGCUCAGCAUUAUGGUAUGGUUACUAUGGCUUUGGACAGUGGUGGUGGUGCUGUAGAUGGAUCUGAUAAUAGAAUCCUGGUGACGAAAACAGCGGAGAGUAGGUUUCCUUGUGUCUGCUUAUCCGAAAUCCCUGUUAAGCAACCGGAGAACGGUAGACCCGAGGGUUUCAAGAUUGCUAUCAAGGCGAGACCCAAGAGAGGAUCUGGCUCCGGAGGUAGCGGGUCUGGAGUGCAGCAGAAUCUUCAGAGAAGUGUUGAGGAGAGGAAAGAAGAGUAUGAUAAAGCUAGAGCUCGGAUCUUUAACAGCCCUGGAAGCUCUGACUCAGAAGAUUCUUCAUCGUUAAGAGCUCCUCCUCCACCUCCUCCUGAAGUGAGAAACACAAGUAUAAACCGCAAUGAGGCUGAGGUGGCUGUCAGUAAUAAUUCUGUUGAUGCUGGUACUCGGACAGUAGCCAUUAUCAGAGAUAGAGAGAAAGAUCGGUAUGAUCCUGAUUAUGACAGGAGCUAUGACAGGUAUGUCGUAGAUCCCGCCUCCUACAGGUACGUUAGGGUUAUGCCUUCUGGUCAAAGCUUCAAUCCAAUGCCAAUCCACAUUCCCUUUCACGAUGGAGGUUUCCCGCGGAUGCCAAGAGGUCCUCAAGCUAAUCUAAACUAUGGACAUCCGUUUAAUCCUGCCAUGAGUCCCUUUAUUAAUAACCCUGCUGCUUAUACACCUUGGCCAAACUCACCAGCUAUGAGCUAUGCACAUUCGUUGAACGGCCCAAACACAGAUCUUUUCAGGCAUCCUUCUGCAAGCAAUCCCUGACGACUAGUGUUUUUGAGUACUUCAAUGUUUGUAUGGAAAAGUAAAAAAAAAAAAACAGAUUAUAUAGAUAUUUAGCCUUUAGGAGCUCUCUGUUCUGUUCCAAACAAUGGCUGCUUCUUUCUUAUAUAACGAGACAUCUACCUUCUCUUUUUUAUUUCUAUCUUGAUUAUAUUGUUCUCGAACUUUGAUUGAAUCUUAGACGAUGCUUAAACCGAUCUUUAAUGGAGUUUCCUCAUGUGGUGAACCAAAAAGCUGAGAAGAAAUUGGAAUUUGG